UACCAACAGUAAAUUUAGGAAACAUAGAAAAUAAAAAUAUUAAGCAGUCAAAUGAAAGAAAGAAUCGUGUAUUAAAAAGAAAUAGAAAAAAUCUGAUAGAAAAACUCUUAGAUGUAAAUAAACAGGAUAAAGGAGAGGAAUCUCUUAACAAAUGUAACAAUUGUAAAACUUUAGAAGAUCUUAAUUUUAAAUUAAAACAUGAAAAUUCUAUUUUAAAUAUGAAGAUUAAACAUAUUGAGAUAAGAAUGCAAGCAAUCCAAAGAGAUCUGAAAUUUUGGAAAAGUAAAACUGUCAUCCUUCAAAAAGAACAUGAAAAAUUGAAAAAAAUAAAUGAAAAAAAUAAAAAAGAUUUUGUUAUAUCAAUAUUGAAAGGUACCUUUACAGAAACACAAAUAUAUAAUCUGCUGGAGAGAAAAAAGAAAAUUAAAUGGAAGAAAGAAGAUAUGAAUUUGGCAUUUACUUUGAGAUAUUUAAGCAUAAGAUCAUAUUUAUACUUAAGAAAUCAAAUGAAUAUCCCGUUACCUGCAGUUUCGACACUUCAACGAUGGGCUUCAAAAAUAAAUCUUUGUCAAGGCAUAUUAAAUGAUGUUAUAAACAUCAUGAAAAUUAAAGGCUUUGAACUUUCAGAAGAAGAAAAACUUACAGUUCUUCAGUUUGAUGAGAUGAAAGUAAAGCGUAUAUAUGAAUAUGAUAAAGUGAGGAAUAAAGUUAUUGGACCCAAAAAUCAAGUUUUAGUAAUGAUGGCACGAGGACUAUUUGCAUAAUGGAAACAACCAGUU